CGCACAUCACGAAGGUGCGAAAAUAUUUCUGCUGUGUUUGGUGUGUGAAGUGCAGAAUUUGCUGCAUUUUUGCAUCACAAACCGCACCGAUAGUGACCGGAGCGAGCCAAAUCGAGGAAGAAAAUCGAAACGAAGUCCAUCGUGCAACAGAGGCUUACCGUCUUGCAUUGUUGUUGCUUCUUUGAGGUGUGCUUCCGAAAGUAGGCGUGAAAAAAAGGCAAACACGCACCUCGCCAAAUUGCGAUGGCAAAAAUGGUGGCAAUGGAAAGAAAAAUGCCCCAGUGGUGCAGCUUCUAAAGCCGUUCGAGGGAAGCGUGUAGUCAAUGACGAAGAAAAUCUUUAGUGCCACAGCUGCAGAAAGGAAUCUCCGUCCGAGAAUUCGUCCAUCCGUGUGUGUGGCCGAGUGCGUGCGUGCGUGCGAGUACGUCGAUUUUUUUUCGGGGUGCUGCAAAGCGUAACACCGAAUCCCAGAAGCGACACGAGGAAAACGAGCACCGCACUUCCGCUCGUUUGCGCCACCUUGGUGUGAAUAAAAGUUACAAAGAUAGAUACCGUGUGGGGUUGGGCAUCUGCCCCGCUGCGUCUAGCGGCUAACAGGAUGGGUGACGUGCUGAUAUCGGACCGUCCGCCGUCCCCGGCAAGCAGACUAUCACACACCUCGGAGAAGCAUCCUCGGGUUACGCUGCAGGAGCUGAACGUCCUGCGUCGGCACCGGGAGCUCUGCGAUGUCGUCAUAAACGUGAAGGGUCGCAAAAUAUUUGCGCAUCGCGUCAUCCUGUCCGCGUGCAGCCCGUACUUCCGAGCGAUGUUUACCGGCGAGCUGGAGGAGUCACGCCAGACGGAGGUUACGAUUUGCGACAUCGAUGAGAACGCAAUGGAGCUGCUGAUUGACUUCUGCUACACGUCGCACAUCGUGGUGGAGGAAUCGAACGUCCAACCUCUGCUGCCGGCCGCCUGCUUGCUGCAGCUGGCCGAAAUACAGGACAUUUGUUGCGAGUUUCUGAAGCGCCAGCUCGAUCCGGAGAACUGUCUCGGCAUUCGCGCCUUCGCCGAUACGCAUUCGUGCCGGGAGUUGCUGCGCAUCGCGGACAAGUUCACCCAGCACAACUUCCAGGAGGUGAUGGAGAGUGAGGAGUUUCUGCUGCUACCGGUCGGCCAGCUGGUGGACAUUAUCUGCAGCGACGAGCUGAACGUGCGCUCGGAGGAGCAGGUGUUCAACGCGGUGAUGGCCUGGUUGAAGUACAACGUUGCCGACCGCCGACAGCAUCUGGCACAGGUGCUGCAGCACGUCCGGAUGCCGCUGCUGAGUCCAAAGUUUCUCGUCGGAACGGUGGGGUCCGAUUUGCUCGUUCGCUCGGAUGAAGCGUGCCGCGAUCUGGUCGAUGAGGCUAAGAACUAUCUACUGCUGCCACAGGAGCGCCCACUGAUGCAGGGUCCACGGACACGCCCCCGAAAACCGACGCGCCGUGGUGAAGUCCUGUUCGCCGUCGGUGGGUGGUGCUCCGGCGAUGCAAUUGCGUCUGUUGAGCGGUUCGAUCCGGAAACGUCCGACUGGAAGAUGGUGGCCCCGAUGAGCAAACGUCGUUGCGGCGUCGGUGUGGCCGUGCUGAACGAUCUGCUGUACGCUGUCGGCGGGCACGACGGCCAGAGCUACUUGAACAGCAUCGAGCGAUACGAUCCGCAGACGAACCAGUGGUCAUGUGACGUAGCACCGACCACUAGCUGCCGCACCAGUGUCGGUGUGGCCGUACUCGAUGGCUUCCUGUACGCGGUCGGUGGCCAGGAUGGUGUGCAGUGUCUCAACCAUGUGGAACGGUAUGAUCCCAAGGAGAACAAAUGGUCGAAGGUGGCCCCGAUGACGACGCGAAGGCUUGGCGUGGCCGUUGCCGUGCUGGGUGGGUAUCUGUACGCCAUCGGAGGUUCCGACGGACAGUGUCCCCUGAACACCGUCGAGCGAUACGACCCUCGACAGAACAAAUGGUGCGCCGUCAGCCCAAUGUCUACGCGAAGAAAGCAUCUAGGUUGCGCAGUGUUCAACAAUUUCAUCUAUGCCGUGGGCGGGCGGGAUGAUUGCAUGGAGCUAUCGUCCGCUGAGCGCUACAACCCGCACACCAACUCGUGGAGUCCGAUCGUCGCGAUGACGUCCAGACGAAGUGGGGUUGGACUAGCCGUCGUCAAUGGUCAAUUGUAUGCCGUCGGUGGAUUCGACGGUACCGCCUACCUGAAGACGAUCGAAGUGUACGAUCCGGAAACGAACCAAUGGCGCCUGUGCGGCUGUAUGAACUAUCGACGACUGGGCGGUGGGGUUGGCGUGAUGCGGGCACCCCAAACCGAGAACUACAUGUGGAUUCGCAAAGAUUCCGUUGUUUAACAUUUACACAAAACACAUUCGACCAGUUUCUGUUCGCUCUCUAACAGCGCUCAGCGCGCCGUCGUGGCGGCCGUGGCGCUGCCGGCGAGGUAUCCGUGCGGGGAGAAGCAGAAGAAAAUGGUGUAAAACCUAGAGCACAACGACCCCGCCCGGUCGGGCGGUUCAGCAUUGUGUACUCUCUCAGUUAAACGCGUGGUAUUAUCGGCGGAAUUGUUAGCCAACGCUUCAAUCACUUUGGAUCUAAGUUUUCCAGUUUUCCAAUACCUCACUAUUAGAUGUUUGGUUUUCGGUACAGCAGCGUGAUGGCUAGGCUUUUGUUUGGUAGAAGUUUUAUGGGAUAAUUUUUUGUUUCUAAAGUAUACAUUUUUCAGUUUUCAUCUUUUUCGAAGUUUUUUUUUUGCCUUCCGUUGUUUCUACACGAACUGAAAGUUGAAACACACUCAUCAACUAUACUAAAAGAAACAGGAAAAUUACUAAGAUCGUCCCAGAAGGAAAAUGUGUACAUAGUAAGGUCGAAUUACCGGUGGUUACAAAAAGGCAUUGCUUACAGAAACAGUAAUCGUACCAGGAGAAAAGUCCGAUUUUCGAUAGGUUGAAAUCAACAAA